CUCCAACAAACCAACAUCCCGCCUUCGGUAUGCAGAUAACCAACAGCAAUCCAAGCCUUGAAUGGUGUAAUCAUUAGCUAAAGCAGCUGUGGUAUCCUUCGCAGCCAUAUCAUUGGAAUAUGAUGAUGCCAUCCGGUCUAUUCAGUUGCAUUGUGAAACAAAGAGCAAGAUCAUCGGCUCUAUUUUGAUGAUCUUCUGCAAGGCAGACAGAUUUAUUCCUUCAUCAAGGACAAAGAUCCUUUGAUAUACAACACUCGCUCUUUACUAAAUCACAGCAACACCACCACCGAAGCUCUCCGCAGAAACUGAACAAUCACCAAACAGAUCUUUACUUCGAAGCAACCCAAAGCCCAGACCAUGGCACCCACACAGCUCCAAGAGAACCUCGUCAAGGCGAACGAGAAAUAUGCCUCAAGCUUCACUGAAGGUCACCUUGCUCUACCGCCAGCAAAGAAAUACGCAAUUGUAACCUGUAUGGAUGCGCGAAUUGACCCGGCAGCAGCAUUCGGAAUCACACUCGGCGACGCCCACAUCAUCCGCAAUGCAGGCGGCGUCGCUAAAGACGCCCUUCGAAGCCUUGUCAUCUCCGAACAACUUCUCGGCACACAAGAAAUCCUCAUCAUAAAACAUACAGGAUGCGGAAUGCUCACCUUUCAAAACCGUGAUGCCGUGGGAGUGGUUCAGUCGAAUCUAGGAGUGGCAGGAGUUGAAGCUAUUAGGAGUGGGUUUGGAAGUGAUUUUCUCCCUUUUCCGGAUCUGGAGGGUGCGGUGAAAAGUGAUGUGGAGUGGUUGAAGGCAAACACAGCAAUUCCCGUUAAAAUUGAGAUUAGUGGGUGGAUUUAUGAGGUUGAGACUGGCAAGGUGAGGCAUGUGGUUUGAUGAAAGACAUGAUGGUCGAGAGUUUUAGGAAUGUGUCUGGUAUAGUGGCGUCGCUGGUUGUUGGGCGUUGGGGAGCGAGAGAUACCAGUUUGAGAAUUGCUAUCGAGUUCUAUUCUUAUGCAAUUUUUAUUUCAG